CUUCCAUAUAUUCUACUCUUCAUAAAUUUGUUUGAAACUGGAAAGAUAUUGACGUCAAAAUUCCAGGAAAUCUGAUUUUAAUUAUUUUUUGUCUUAAAGCCCUCUACAGGGAGUUAUUCAACUUUUAGAACUUUUGGAAGAAACUCUACUUUUGCUAUAGGACAAAAAUUAGAUAAUUUUUGUAUUGACUUGUCAUCAUUUUAUAAUAUGUAGUUUUAUCUGUAUUUUUAUAGAUUACAUACCAAAAACUUGAUUCAGACGAAAGCCUAUGAUUUAUUUGUUGAAAAACUUAUUGAAUACAAUACCAUUGUUUCAACUCUGACUUUAGUGUAUGUACAUCUUAACUCAGUCUAACAUUGCAUUUAUGCAUUUUCAAAUUUCUUGGUAAUUUGGAAAUUCAGAGCAAUUAAUCUGGAUUUAUAAGAUAAUUGUAAAAUUUAUUGACAUUGUUUGUGGGCAUAUAUAUUUACUGAGAAAUAAUAGUUAUUUAUGGCCGUCUAUUAGAAUUUGAACUGAUCAAAAAAUGGAGAAAUUUUGAAUCAUCUUGUUCGUUUUAGCUACAUAAUUUAUUAUUAUACUACGUCAUUUUAUCUUGAUUCACCUAUCUACAACAAAAUAAAAUGAGCAAAUAAAAUUUUCCCAAGUAAACUGAUAAGAAAUUAUCCAUCUGAAAGUGAUGAUGUGAAUAUAAGUAUGAGUAAUACAUCACACUAUAAAAGAAUAUCAAAGCUAACUAGGUACGAUUAUAAUGACUUAAUUCCAUAAAAUAAUAAAAUACUCAUAUUAUUUAUAAUAAGACACAUAAAAAAAUUAGCUUUGGUUAAUUAUCGAAAAUAAGUAUUAAUAUGAUCAAUAAGUGGUACCAGAAUAUUACGCGAUAGAGUUGGAGUGGAGUGAAAAUGUUUAUCUGGCAUAUUUUAAUUUUUUUGUUUGUUGGUUUUUGUGUAGUGUCCGGACAAGAAAUUGAUCUUGAAGAUUUGGCAACAACUUUAGCUCAAACGGAAAUCCCUAUUCGACUCUCAUCAUCUCAACUGACGUUUAACAAAGAUCGAACUCCAAGCGCAAUUUCUAAAAGAAUUAUCGGUGGUACUGAAGCAACAGCUCACGAGUACCCAUUUCAAGCGGCUCUGUAUGUUUACGUGGGAGGCACCAUUUACUUUUGCGGCGGCAGUUUGAUCAACGAAGAAUGGAUUUUGACUGCUGCACAUUGUGUUGAAAAUUCAUCCCACAUAAUAGUAUUCCUAGGCUCACAUGAUUUGGAUCAACCAAAGGAAAACUCUAGAAAAAUUUUCAAUUCAACCAUUUACAUUAUUCAUGAAGGUUGGGACGAAGAUUUAAUACAAAACGACAUUGCUCUGGUAAAAUUGCCCCAAAAUGUUACUUUGGACAAAUACAUUAAUACUGUAUCUAUAGCAGCUGGUAAUGACAAUUUUAGCGGAGAUACUAGCAGGUGUUUAGGCUGGGGAAGAACCAUUUAUGGGUCAUUAUCCAAUGUACUUUUAUAUGUAGACGCACCUGUUAUCACAAAUGCACUAUGUAGUUCAUAUAGAGAGUAUACUGGAAUUAUUGCUGAUCAACAUAUUUGUGCUUCAGGUGUUGGUACUGUAGGUUCCUGUAACGGAGACUCUGGUGGACCUUUACUAAUUAACGGAACUCAAGUAGGAAUAGUUUCUUUCGGCUACACAGAUUGUGCAGCAGGUUAUCCAUCGGUUUAUACCAGAUUAACAGAAUUUUCAGAUUGGUUAACCGAUAAAGUUGAAAAUUUUGAUAUCACUCUUUAUAAUAAUAGUUUUCAAAUACAAUCUAGUUUGAAGAUUUUCAUAGGUAUUAUUUCUAAUGUGUUAUUAGUUAAUUAUUUAUUAUGAAAGGCAAAACGAGAUUAUAAUAUUAAGGUAAAACCAGUUUUUAUUAACAAGCAAUAAAUAAAAUUUGUUUAAAACCUAAUUCACUAUCCCUAAAUACAAUAGCAGCAUUAAAAGAAUGAUCUUGAUAUUAGCCAAAGUCCCAAUACUAGACCGAAACCUUGCAAAAGGUUUGAAUUUUCUUUAAAAAAGCUUUGAUUAGGAAUUUCCUCAGUAUUAGCCCCAGUAUAAACAGUACCCUUGCCAUUAUAACUAACAUGACUUGAAAUAUUAUUCUUUUGGAUAUUAUGUUCUAAGGCAGUAAAUUUAUCCAUAAUAACUUUACUAAAAUGCCCAAUUUCUUUUUUAUUAUUUGAAAUUUCUUCCAUUAGUUUUUUAUUUGAAUCAAUUAUUUGUGCAACAAAUAUCAUAUCAUUUGGCUUACUAAUGUUUUGCAAUCUAUCAUCAAUUAUUUGUUUCAAUUGCUCCUUCCUAAGUGUAGAAUAAACGAAUGCCAAUAAUGAACCUGCUAUACUUAAAACAAUACCAAAAUACUUUGUGUACUCCAUUUGGGCUCUUUGUUUUUCAUGUGAGUCCCUUAUUGAAUCAGUGAAGGCGGUAAAGAGUUCCCUUUCAGUUUGAUCAUAGUCUUGGAAUGUAUUAGAAAUGGAUUUUUCCAAUCUCAUCACUUCUGUUUCUUCUUUCAUCAAAUCUAAAAAUUUUCCCAAAUCCUCUUGCCUUUUAACUUUGUGAAUUUCAUCUUGUAGUUCCAUUGAUUUUUGUCUAACGUUUGAUAAUUGUCUGCCAACUUCUCGUCGUUUUUCUUGUAUAUUUAGCAAUUGAUCCUGGAGUGCAGAUUAAGGGUUUUUUUUUUGUUCAUUUGAUGGUGAAGUUCUUACCUGUAAUGCAUUGACUUUUUCCCUAGCCAAAGUAACCUUAUCCAGGCCUGUGAUUUUCAUGUACCAGUCAUUGAAUUCCGUGAAUUUUUGGCUUAAAAUUCUCACUUGGUUUUCUUUGGCUGCCUGAAUGUGGGGGGCUGCUUCGGCUAUGGUUUUCGAUAUUGAUCUUUUGAGGGCUUCCAACGUGUGAUUGCUGACAAUUUGUCUAAGGGGUAAUGUUAAAUGCAUGGUUUUUAUGGUCCUUAUAGCUCAGCUUAUAGCAUUUUGGUUCAAUUAUUAGAAAAUGAGAAAUUUUUCAUUUUUGAUAAACUUUGGCAUACGCCAU